CGGAACGCUGACAAAAACAGUAUAAACAAUUAAAAUAAUUAAGUAAUCCAAACAAAGUAGACGGCAACGCGGCGCAAUAAACCAAACGCACUUAAAAACGGGCCAAUAUACAAAUAAAUAUGCAUGCGUUCAAAAUGCAAUAUAGAAAAAUGAAAAAUGCCAAUUAGUCUGUUGUGCCCCAACUCCCUGUAUUCAUUCGAUUCGACGAUGUUGAUGUAUACCAAGAAAGAAAUCAAAAAAUGUGAAGUAAUAAGUGCAUAUUAAUUCUAAAUGUGUAUUCCUGCUUGUCCACAAGUGGAAAAUUGUAGUGAUUUCAUGCAAAAACGAGAAAGUUUAAUUGAUAAUAAUGCCUACCUGUGUGUGAGUGUGUAUAUAGAAAGAGAUGAAAGUGCGGUAUGUUUGGGGCCGACGAAAGUAGCCGCAGACAAAAGUUCAAUAUAACAAAAAAUACAUCAAAACAUAAGCAAAAAGGUGUGAAUCCUUAUACACGGUUACGCUUUUGUUGCUCUAAAACGAAAAGAUCUUGCAAUUAAGUUUCUUGUCUACCCUCCUGUGACGAUCUGGUCUCACUUCUUCAUCCCACCAUCACCAUUUGCACAGGAGUAGAAAACACCUUCGACAUCCACACACGCAACCAAUUCCUCAAAGUUACUUGUACGUGUUCUUGGCAGAGCAGAGUAGCGCAGCCGGCGCGAUUCUAAAAAAUAUUUGCAGAAUAGCUUCCGGUAAAGCGGCAGCAGCAGCAGCAGCAGCAGUAACACCGUAGCACAACAAAAAUAGCAUCGUUCCAUAAUUACACUCCUCUGUUGUUUGGUUGGUUCCUGUCCUGUUAGCAUUGCUGCUAUUGUGGUGCAGCAACAAUGGAUAGUCCCCAAAUCGAUGUGUAUGAAUUUCUAACAGAGGCCGAACUGCAACAUUAUUACACUGCUGCCAAAGAUGAACUUAAGAUUACAAAUGCCUCACAAUUUAAAUAUGCCACCGAUGAAGAUCUCAAAAGCAUUGGUAUGUCACGACCGGAAAUUCGACGUUUACGUAAAUUCUAUGAGAAACACUUUCCCCAUGGCUACUUGAGCAAAAUCAAACGUUUGCUACAAGCACCCACAGUGAUUGGCAAACGAGAUGAGAGUUCCGGUGGUACCGUCAAUCCCACAGUGGCUAGUCCUUCGGGCAGUCAAAGUGGCACAUCGACGGGUGGAGCUUCAUCGAAGGCCAGCAGCGGUUCGCCCAGUAAGGCACCCAACAAUAAGCACAUCAUUCCUGCAGAUGCGAUAAGUGUGAACAAACAAUUGGGCACGGGAGAAUUUGGCAUUGUGCAGCAGGGUGUAUGGACAAAUGGUUCAGAGAGGAUACAGGUAGCUAUUAAAUGCCUAUGCCGCGAACGUAUGCAAUCAAAUCCCAUGGAAUUUCUAAAAGAAGCUGCCAUUAUGCAUUCCAUAGAACAUGAAAACAUAGUGCGUUUAUAUGGUGUGGUAUUGGCUACCGAUUCGUUAAUGUUGGUCACCGAAUUGGCUCAUUUGCGAUCGCUGCUGGAAUGUCUUAAGGAUCCGGGAUUGAGAGUUAGUUUUCUGACCAUACCCACCCUGUGUGAAUUUGGUUUACAGAUAUGCAAUGGCAUGCGCUAUUUGGAAAAUAAGCGGCUAAUACACCGCGAUUUGGCAGCUCGUAAUAUAUUGGUAUUUAGCAAAAACAAAGUCAAGAUCUCUGAUUUUGGUUUAUCGCGAGCUCUGGGUGUGGGCAAGGACUAUUACAAAACCAAUUUCAAUGUGAACCUAAAAUUGCCUAUAGCCUGGUGUGCUCCAGAAUGUAUCAAUUAUUUGCGUUUUACCAAUGCUUCGGAUGUUUGGGCCUUUGGGGUGUGUUUGUGGGAAAUGUUUUCGUAUGGUUUUCAGCCAUGGGCAGCAUUAACGGGCCUACAAAUCCUAGAGGCCAUUGAUGCACCUAAUUAUCAGCGCCUUGAGCAACCCGAAUGCUGUCCCCGAGAAUAUUACACUCUGAUGAUGAAAUGCUGGCAAGAUGAUCCCUCCAAACGUCCCAAGUUUUCUGAAAUCUAUGAAAUGCUGCCUGAUAUGAAACCUGAACAACUGAAAGCUGUUGCCAAUUGUAUGGAGGCGAAAACCAAUGAACAUUUGAUUUAUCGCCAAAAUGAAAUUAUCACAGUGCUGGAUCGUAACACAGGUACACCUUACUGGAAGGGUGUGCUGAAUUCGGGUAAAACAGGUUUCUUUAAUCCCUCCAAUACGGUGGCUUAUGUCGAAGGUCUUCCAACUUUGAAUAGAGACACUUUUACCCGUAAUGCCAAUGAACGUUGUAGCAAGCGAAAGUUACGCACAGAAAUGAUUUCUAAGCCACAAAAUGAUUUUAAACACACCGGCCAUGUUGGCAUCGAUGGAGCUUCCUUUGGUGAUAUUGCAUUUUUAGGUACCACACAAAAUUAUAAUCACGUGCCACGACAAAUUGUCACACCCUAUAAACCCUCAGAGGACAUUGAACAAACACCUCUACUACUGCCACCCACACCAACUAGUCCUGAUUCAUUGCAAACCGCAAGUGGAUAUUUUCCUGAUGAUUCGUCACAAAAUAACUCAACCAUGAACCCUUCGUUUGUACCCUCAACGGAGAAUACACCCAAGCAGUUUGCGAAUAAUGGUCAAACCACCACAUUCGAGUUUCCCUCACACAACACAAACCCUUUUACGCACAAAACAUUGGACGAGAGUUCAUCAUCUGUUUCGACUUUGGCUUUGCAGAACAAUAACUAUGGAGUGGAGGCCAAGGAGAAUCUAAUGUGGCGCCAUUCGUCAAUAACAAAUGGGGCUGCAGGGGUACAGUUUGAAGAACCCCAUGAAUAUCAUGAGAUAUCCGAUGAUGAAAUCACACCGGACAAAUUGGAUUUUGGUCCAUCCCUAUUGGAUGAGAUAAACUCCAUGUUUGGUUCAAUGAGUGCCACAGCAUCGUCUUCAAAAAACUCUGAAUCCGAAUCGCUAAGUGCUGCCAACAAACGAAGCGAUUUCUCGGAUUUAACUUCGAAGUUAAUACGUAAAAACAGUGCCGGCGGUAGUCAUACUUCAAAGAAGUCCAAGAAUUCCAGUGGCACUGUAAAGCCCAUAUCCGUUAAGGAUGAAAAGAUACUAAAUCAUGCAAUUGAAAUUGCCAAUGAAAUUAGUGCCAGAUCAAUGUGUGAUUUAGUUUCUGAUCAAACGCCAUCAACACAAAGCCCCAAACGAAAAUUUAGUUUUCGUUUCCCACAUCUGAGCAGUCAUGGCAGCAGCGCUGGCGACAAGAAUCAUGGCUCAGGUUUGCACAAUUCGGGAGUUGGUGGCUCUACCACCAACAUGAACACCUUGUCGCCGCAUUCGAAAAAGAAAAAUUUCACCGAAGAAUUGAAAAGUAUACCUGAUUUGCAGACACUGAUUGGAGAAGAAGGACGAGAAGCCUAUAACAGUUUAAUCGAUCGUAAGCACAUCAUGGGUAUUGAACCCAGCACAUGUAUUCUACGGAAUCCGGAUGCCCAGUUCUCAGCAAAAUCAUCCAAAACUUUGCCCAGACGUUCGUGUAACAUGAUGAAUAAAGAGAACGAUGACUUUAUACCCACCCACAUGGAACGUUCGGCGCAAAAUGAACAGGAAAUGAUAAUACCGCCAUUGCAAAAUGCACCCAGACCCACUACACUGCCAACACGAGGAGCCGCCCAUCGGGCUCGCAAAGUCGAGUUAGGCUUAUUCAAGGAGCAGGGUUCACAUGAAAGAACAGCAUUGGAUAUCAAUGGAGGGGAUGUCAAUAAUCCUGCUCUCAAUAACCGUUUCGUUGGCAGCAAUAUAUCGCCCUGUGAGAGUCCCAGCUAUGUUACAAAUACGUCUUCAUAUAAAUUUCCCGAGCUGAAAACUCCCGAAGGCAUGGAUCUAAAUCCAUUACCUGUACCGCCCAAGGAAGGCAAAAAACAUAUUCAAGCCAAUCCCAAGCGUCAUGUUCGCAAAUAUCCACUAAUUAUACCGGCCAACGGAGUACAGAGGACCCUUAAUAAAGUCAUGAGCGAAGAGGAUAACCAGACAAUUUUGAAAACUCCAAAUGCUCGCAAUAUAACCGCUGUGCCCACCAUAAAGCCCUUUAGCAUCAACAAACAUCCCUCGAAUAUGGCCGAAUAUGAAAACGCUCCGAAAUUUGAGUCGAACAAUGCCGCUGAACGAACAUAUCAAAAUGUUGACACAGAUGAUACGGCUUCACUACAAUUCGAAUCGAUAUUGGAAGCCGAUGUCAAUAAGGAUCAGGUUCUACAAUCGCCCGAUGUAACCGAUGGUUUCUACAAUUUCUCCAUACAAAAGGAUCACUAUCACAAAAGCAAAGAGGUCGACUUUGAUGCCCAGCAAUUGCCAGGCGUCAACGAAGAUGAAUUGAGAAACUUGGACAUUGACAAGAGUAUGGUGAAGCUCAACAAACAAGCGGGCGAAAACAAGAAAUCCAAUGAAAGUUUAGAUGUGAAAAAUGCAACGCCAAAACCCACACCCACAUCGACACCACCGCCACCACCAACCUCAGCACCUCCAGAGGAAAAUAGUGGAACAGAAACGCCUCUAUCUAGCGAACUUCAUUUAGAUGCGGUGGAUAAAACCUCUAUCGCGAGCUGUUCGAAUAUGGCCACCACCAGCACUCUUUUUCCUUUAUCGCUGACACACCAUAACCCGGAAAGAUUUCUGAAAUCCAAAAGUCUCUCGCCCAAACAAGAUAAUGAGCUUGCUGGCAAUGCUCUAUUUCAAAAGGUACGUGAAUCUGUGGAUAAGGCCAUGGUGAGCAAGAAUGUGGAAACCUCGCUAUCGCAUGUCGUCAUCAAGCCCCUAACGGAGGCCGAGCUUUUUUCGGCUGCCGUCAAUCGUUUAAAUGAUUCGAAUUCUGUCAGCUGUGAAGAUCUAUUAGAGUUCUCCGAUAAAAAGCCCAAAGGUCAUGAACGUGGUGUGGAUUCCGAUGAGGUUCGCAUAAUGAUGAAGGUCUUGGGAAAAGAUAGCUCUCCGGAACGCUGUCUAAAAUCAUUGGAGUUCAUUGAAUGGGAUGUGCACAAAGCCAUAAAAAUUAUAAAACUACAAAACAUUUUGAAGGACAUUGAAUUGAGUUUGCCCGAAACUGUGGAAUAUCUACUCAAAUACGACUGGGAUCUGCAUACUACAGCAAGACGUCUCAAAAGUUUAAAGACUUGAUAUAUGAUAUAAUUUAAGCUUAAGCUAAUAUUUUUUUUUACAUCAUUUGCACACGACCUAUUUUUUUUUAUUUUUAAACCAACAAAAAACACGAAUGAAAUUUUAAAAUACCCCUUACUUUUUCUUACCUUUCGACUAACACAACGCAUGCAUUUCUAUGUCGACUAGUUUUGUAAGGUUUUAGUUUAUAAGGAGACUCCAGGAAGCCCCCUCCCCCCCAGGAAGGAAAGAAACCUAAAAAGCAAAUUUUUUGUACUUAUUUUGAAUUUUUCUUUUAAUUGAUAUUUUGUGAAAUCAUUGAUUGAUAUUUUAUUACGUUGCAUGACGUAAAUUUAUUUGGUAUUAAGUGAUUAAACAGAGCCGAAUCUAACAGAACGAAAACACAAGUGCCUUGGUAACAUGAUGAUCUUAUAAAGAACAAAAAUAAAUAUACAUUUAAUAAAUAACUUUAUUUAAACAAAA